AUGAAGAAGAAGAAUUCGAGCUCAUCCGAUAUGCUAGAGUAGAUUAUUAAAUAAUAAGGCAUUCAGCUGGCGACAUUAGUAGUCCAAUGCUAUCACCUCGUAGACAUAGAUAGAAAGGUAAUGAGACUUUCAAUUUUAUGCUUCGAGUGGUCAAUUCUUCAUUUGUAUUUAGCACAUUAACUCUACCCUUUUAUUUUUAAAUGAUAGGGAUAAUAUUCGGAGUAUUUGGUUGCUUGUUUUUCUUUAUUUUGAGUUUCUUUUAAUCCUUACUUUUAUUGGAUCUUAAGUACUAUGCUCGAUCCAAAAAGAAGCAAGGAACUCUAACAAAGUUAUUUGAAUUAUUUCAAAUGCCCAAAUACUCAGCUGAUAUAUAUCGUGGCAUCAUGAUAUUUAAUGCAUAUCUCUACAUAGUUUUAUUGAUGAGUGUAUUUCAGUCUUCCAUAUAAUCCUUAAUAUAUAUGAUGGCUAAAGAUAAUAUUAAAGAUUAGGUAAUUAUGAUAAUAUAUUAAAGUGGGCAGAAUCAUUAGCAUCACAAUAAUUCAUAUAAUUCAUUGGAAGUCUAUUGAUGAUUCCAUUUUUUGUUAAAUGGAAAUAUCCAGUUUAUAUAGUUGCAAUUGCUAGAAUGUUGGGUGUCUUUUCUAUCUUUUUUAUUAUAAUAGCUUCUUUCGACAUUUCUCAUUCUAUUAGCAAUACUCUAUAUCCAUCAAGUCAGAAAGUUGUAUAAUCCUUUAUAUCAACUCCAACAAUUUUAAUGGCUUUUGCUUAUCAUUCAUCAUUUUUUACAGGGAGAGCAUCAGAAAGGGGAUUUGAGAAUGAUGAUGAUAUAGAAAAGAAAUUAAAACAAGGAGCAUUAUUUGGUUCGUUAUUUUUAUUAUGUAUUGAAUUAACAUUCUCUAUUUUGGCAGCUAUAGCAUUUAGUUCUGUAAAUAGUGAUCUCUCAUCACUAUAUGGAAAUUUAAUUAGAAUGGUUUAUCAAUCCAAAAAUUUUAAAUAACCUUUAGGUGAUUCCUAUUUUUACAUAUUCUAUAUUUUGAUUGCAAUAAGUGCUUAAUUGCAAUUAUUAUAAUAUAUUCCAUAUGUUACUGUUUUAGUACUAAAUAUUUGGGACAAAAAACCAUUAAUUCCUAAAGAGAAGAAUGUAGAAUUCAUGUUAAUAACUGAUGGUGAUUUUCAUAAAGAAGAUGAGAAAGACAAUAAAAAAUCAUAGACAAUGAAAAAUAAAUUUAGAUAAUCAUUUGCAAUACAUGAAGAGGCCAAACUUAAGUAGAAUCAAAAGAUUUCAUUUUAUGUGACUAUUAUUGUUUAUAUAAUGGCAUUCCUCUUUGCAAUGGCCAAACCUCCAAUUUUAUUAUUAAGUUGUUUAAUGGGAUCUACUUCAUAGAAUUUUGUAACUUUUUUGAUACCUUCAAUAUUAUAUUUGGAUAAGUAAUUUAAGAUUGAUGCCGAUAUAUAUAAGAAAUGCUUUGCAUGGUUUACAUUAAUAUUUUCAAUAUUCUUUGCUAUUAUUUCAAUUUCAUUUGGUUUAUAUGGAUUGUAUUCAGAUAAGAUUUGA